CCUAGUAUACUACGUAUAAUGUGUGUGCCGUGUGCACUCAGGAAUAUAGACUACCUGCGAGCAGCCACCCUCCAGUUCAUUCGAUAUCGGUGCUAAUUGGAAAGAAGUGCUAAAAUUUAAAUAAUUUAUUCAAAAUAUUUCUUUUGGAAAUUAAUUAAAUAUGCCUUUUACACCAGUUGAAGUUCCAAAAUGCCCAAAGUGCGGCAAGUCUGUAUAUGCAGCUGAAGAACGUGUGGCAGGAGGUUACAAAUACCAUAAAACAUGUUUCAAAUGUGGAAUGUGCAACAAGGCUUUGGACUCAACAAACUGCACUGAGCACGAAAAAGAACUCUUUUGCAAAAACUGCCAUGCUCGUAAAUACGGUCCCAAAGGAUACGGAUUUGGAGGUGGAGCUGGUUGUUUAUCCAUGGACACCGGAGCGCAUUUGAACAGAGAUGAUGAAAUUCGAAAUGGUGCACGACUGGAACCUCGGGUAAUUGCAAAGGCUCCGGAAGGCCAGGGUUGUCCAAGAUGCGGUGGUUUUGUGUAUGCAGCUGAACAAAUGUUGGCUCGCGGACGGGGUUAUCACCGAAGAUGUUUCAAGUGCCUUCAAUGUAAUCGAACAUUGGAUUCUACCAUGCACUGUGAUGGUCCUGAUAAGGAGAUUUACUGUAGAGGAUGCUAUGCUCAGAAAUUUGGUGCUCGUGGCUAUGGUCAUCUUGGAAUAUCAUCAAUGGGGCUGACAUCUGAUAUAAAAGAUGCUGAGUGGCAAAGUGAUUUAGCACCGAAAACUGCCGCAAUUGACGUUAGUAAAAUUCAAGCCAAGCCAGGCGAGGGCUGUCCCCGUUGUGGUGGUGUAGUUUUUGCUGCCGAAAUGGUAUUAUCUAAGGGUCGAGAAUGGCAUAGGAAGUGCUUUAAAUGCAGGGACUGUACCAAAACUUUGGAUUCAAUAAUUGCUUGUGAUGGACCUGAUAAGGAAGUUUAUUGCAAAACAUGCUACGGUAAAAAAUGGGGUCCACAUGGGUACGGAUUUGCAUGUGGAUCAGGAUUUUUACAAACAGACGGUUUGACUGAAGAUCAGAUAUCUGCUCAGAGACCAUUUGCCGCUCCUAGUACAACUUCUAUCAAAGCUCCUGAAGGUGAAGGCUGUCCCCGAUGUGGUGGUAUGGUGUUUGCUGCAGAGCAACAAUUGUCCAAGGGGAAAAUGUGGCAUCAAAAAUGCUUUAACUGUGCCGAAUGUCAUAGGCCAUUGGAUUCUAUGUUAGCAUGUGAUGGUCCUGAUCAAGAAAUUCAUUGCAAGGCCUGCUAUGGAAAGUUGUUUGGACCUAAAGGAUUUGGUUACGGCCACGCACCGACUUUAGUCUCUACCGGUGGAGAAUCAACCUUAACCUACCCUGAAGGAGGUCUAUUGCAUGGGGCAAAAUCAUCAGGAGGUUGUCCCCGUUGUGGUUUCGAAGUGUUUGCAGCGGAAAGAAUGAUCAGCAAGAGUCGAGUUUGGCAUAAGAGGUGCUUCCAUUGCGCCUUCUGCAGAAAAUCACUUGAUUCGACAAAUCUUAACGACGGCCCUGAUGGAGAUAUCUAUUGUCGCAGCUGCUAUGGUCGGAACUUUGGUCCAAAAGGAGUUGGGUAUGGUUUGGGAGCUGGAACUUUAACAAUGGCGUAAUUUUGUUCAUUAGAAAUAAGUUUUAACAAUAUUUUGUUUUAUUUAAUGCACAAAUACAAGAGUAUCUAUAAAAUGUUAAACUUAAAAAAAAAAAAAAGUCGAAGAAUUACCGUGAUGAAAUCAAUUGUGAUUAAGUAUAGCUAUAAUUUUAUAGUUAAGGAUUAAAUUAAUGAAGAUAUAAUAAUAAUUUAAGACGAAAUAUUGUAACAAGAAAUUUUCGAACUUACCUAAUGAAGGACAUUAAAAAUAUUAUUUUAUUGUAUUAAA